UAUUUAUUCCGCGCGCGUGUCCUAUCUUCGAUUACACAAUGGCAACAAAUGUAUCCAGCUUCAAUAUCAGUUGCCCAGAGAAACAACAACCGAUGUCAAUACUCCGAUUCAAACUUCACUGCGCAUGUCUCACCGGAAACGGUCACGGUUUUGAAACUGAACCCUUCAACUUCCAUGUUGGUACCUUUCUCAAUAGAUUUGAAUGUGUAUUUCAGCCCUCGUUGAGUUGGAAUGGACCCAUAGUUUCACAUUACGGCAUUUAUGGAAAAAAGCCGCUCACGUGAGCUUUGUUUACUUCCUCUGAUUUGUUCAUGCACGUGUAAAGAAAGGCAUAACUAUGGCAACCAAUACCUUUAGUCCAGAAGAAAUCCAGAGGAUUCUGGGAUCUCUCCAAAGUCCUGCAGUCUUCCUCAACAUGACAUGUGAUUGGCCAGUGCUACUCUGGACUGUGGACUACCUGUCACGAUGCUUAGCAGGGAAGACUGUCAGGUUUAGAAUGGGAAGGAGACAGCACAACAACACACCUCUUUUUGAGACUCAGUGCUCAUAUGUAGAGGCUAAACUGGAGGAGUUUCUGUCCUGGACGGAGGGUCACACUGGAGCCGAAGAUGUUGGCUCUUUCUCUGACUACCCUCUCUCACAGUUCUGGGCCUAUGCAGACUACAAGUACAUUGCACUUCUGCUUCAAGACAAGCCCUCCAUGUUUGAGGACAUCGUUUGGUCACAGUUUGGGUUCCCGGGUCGCAAUGGGAGAGACAGCACACUGUGGAUCGGUACAGACGGAGCUAGUACACCGUGCCACCUGGACACCUAUGGUUAUAACCUGGUUCUACAGGUCCAAGGAAGGAAGCGCUGGCACCUGUUCCCCCCAGCAGACACUGGCUGUCUGUACCCCACCAGGAUCCCCUAUGAAGAGUCCAGCGUGUUCAGCCAGGUGGACGUGCUCCAGCCAGACCUUGAGAGGUUCCCGUCCUUCAGGAACGCCAGGGCCCACACAGUCACUCUGCAGCCUGGACAGGUGCUGUUCGUCCCAAGACACUGGUGGCAUUUUGUGGAGUGCGUCGACCCCGUUACUGUCAGCGUCAACUCCUGGAUUGAACUGGAAGUUGAUGACGAGGCGAGGGUAGGCGAGGCCCUCACCAAAGCCAUCGUCUGUGCUCUGAAGACAGCGCCCAGCAAGGACAAUGAUGAUGACUGGCUCAAUCCCACUGAGGAUGGGUUGCUGGGACAUGACGUGAACAUGCAGUACCUGAGCCUGGCGAUGGAAGCCUGCACGGUGCGAGGUCACCACGACAGACAGCAUGAGGACAUCCCAGCAGGAGUCGGUCCUGGGUCCAAGCGGGACUCAACAGGCCAAGCCAAGAACGCCAGCCCCUCAAAUCCCCCAGCCCAGGGCUCUUCCUCACCGUUCAACGUGCCCUUCGGCCCCCACCUCGUCGCCGUGACCAGGAACCGAAUUGGCAAACUGGAAACCACAGAGCAGCACCCCGAAGACAAAGACGGCCAAGCACCAAUCAGAGAAGGUCACAUGAUCAGGCCUGGCAGCGGAACACAAAGGAGCAGACCCGGUAGUGGGGGCAGAGCCUGGGACCAGCAUGGGGGGGGAGGCGUGGCCUGCUCCAGUCCAGCCUCUGACCCCCCGUUGUCUCCGGGGCCUGAGUUCGGAGGGGGAGGAAAGCCGUCCCCUGUGGACAGAGACCAGGGUGAGGGCAGGGAAGCACACCGCCGUGCUGUCUCCAUCACAACAAACCAACUACUGGAGUGCCUAGUCCACCCCGAGGUCAUCGCCAGAGUCACCGAGCUCCUGCUAGAGAGACAGGGGCAGACCGGGCCCAGCCAAAGCAACACCGCUUCAUAGCAUUCCAGUGUUCAUACUGGCGCACUGUUCUAAGUGAAUGCCAACCUACUAGGCUUCAUACUAAGUGGUAAGACAGAUGUUGCAGUAACCUAAAACUCACCAGAGGUUUAAGAGAUCACUAAUGUCAAUAGUUUUGGAUGCAGCUGAUCAAUAACACCUGGAUCCGACCAGAAUGAUCGUGGCUUCGUAGAAAACUGUAUAUAAAGGUAUGUCUCUGUGUUCUAAAGGGGGAAAUGAGCUUACAUGAAUAGGUAUAUAGUAUUAUACUCAAGUGGGUUGACUACGUACGGUGGUGAUGGUACAGCAUGAUGUUAAUAAUACCUCAUACAUGCUUUUAGUUCCUCUAAUGGAGCCAUGAUCUCUACUUUUCCGGUGUCAAAAGAAGGCAAAAGGAAAAAGAAAAAAGUAUGGCCUACUCAUUUCUAGAUUUUCCAAUCCACUUUUUCUACUCCCAUUUCUAUGGUUUAUUGUAGUGCGUUACACUGAUUUAUAUGACUAUUAGAAUCUUGGCAGAUAAUUUUCACGAGGUCAUAUCCAUGAACCAUUGUUACAUUAUGACCAUGUUUUGUUGCCUUGUGCUAUAUUCUCGACAGAAAACAGCGCUCCAAAAUAGCACUUAAAAUGUAACUUUAAUCUGUGUAAUAAUAACAGUAAUAUAUCACUGCUAAUAUACAGUGGUAAAAUGUAAUACUUCUUCUGGCGUUUCAUUCCCAAGCUGGCAGUUAUCACACAACAGCUCUGCUUUUGACCUUUUGGGGUCCAGGGAGAAUGGCAGCCUGUUCUGUGAGUGAUUAAUGAAGGUUGUCUAAGGAGUGAUGGAUGUGAAAUGUACCAGGUACGAGGAAGUUGUGUGUUUUCUUCGUCUGUCUGUAGUCAUGGAUCUGUGAUAAGGGAAGUGAACAGCAAGUGCCAAAGCUAUGAAUAAAUAACAACAAUCAAUGUACACAG